UUAGCCUACUGAGUCAAAUCUCUGAUAAAGUGUGGUACUGGGCUCAACUCUCUGGAGCAAAAUUCCUUACACGAAGGAAGAAGAAAUCUCUGAUAUUGGGCUUUGGAUAGUAAGCUGAAGUAUAUCCCGAAGAGGGAGGGAGAGAGAGAGAGAGGAGAGAUCCGUCGUCAUGGGUGAGACAGGGAAGAUGAUGGAGACGAGGACCUUAACAGGGAAACAAUUUUUUUUUACACCGAAACCUGAAGACUUCAGUACCGAUGGACAGACAGAUAACUCCUGGGCUAUUGAGUUAUUGACUGGUCAUGAUGUUAAUGAAGGGAAUGCCCUUCUUUAUCAAUAUUGGCAUGUGUUUGGUGGAGCAACCACGGGAAUAGCAGUGGCUUGUGCUUAUAAUCUAUUAAGAAAGAGACCAUUAUAUGCUGGUAUACAGAGACAUAUUAUAUGUGGUCUAAUUGGUACUGGAAUUGGAUACUUGUGCAAGACUCGAUACCUUAGCAAGAUUGCAACGAGAGAUGCCAUACUUCGUGAUUACAUUAAACUUCAUCCAGAAGACUUUCCUCCUCCAAUAAAGAGGACGUUUGGUGAGGUAUUCAUGAAAUGGACACCAAUACGUUAGGUAAUUCAAAAUAUAUUUAGUAAUUAAUUGUCAUGCCAGUAAUGUUAAUAUAUUGGGAAUAAUCAAAUUGUUACGCCUGUUAUUCGUGAUUGCAUGAAGACGCAUCUGCAGAAUAAACUGGCCCUACGAAUUUGUGAACAUAAA